AUGUCUGAGCCAAUGGAAUCCGAUCGCAAGGAAACGAUGGUCGUCGAUGGUGAUGCUGCCGCACCAUUAGUUGCAGGAGCCGGAGCUGCCAAAACAAGCGAGGGAACUCAAGAUACAACAGCAACAACGACUUCUACUACUUCAGACCAGUCGAGCACGCCUGCCUCUCAUAGCGCCAACGACAACAAUGGCAACAGCAACCCCGAUAACCCUUUCUGGAAGCCAAGAGCGCCACCCAUGAUGGGACCUGACGGAAAGCCAUUGUCUAGGAACGCCACCAAAAAGCUUUUGAAGCAGCAGCAGUUUUUGGAACGGAGACCCCAGAUGCGCGCUCAGGAGAAGCUUAAACGGAAACAGAAGGAUCAGAUGCGUCGUGAGGCCAUUGAAGCUGGACUGAUCGCACCGCCACCAAAACGACAGAAGCUCGACCAGAUCCAGUCAGGAAUCACGAUUGGAAUUGACAUGGCAUUUGACGACUUGAUGCUUGAGAAGGAGGUGAAGUCGAUGGUGGAUCAGAUCAAGCGCUGCUACUCUCACAACAGGACGUGCGAAAAGAUUGUUCAUCUGGCGUUGACAUCGUUCACAGGACAGUCUAGAAGGGAGUUUGAUAAGCGCGCCAACGGAUUCGAGCUCUGGAAAAACUUUACGAUCCACGAGAAGAAUUUAGAGGAAGUGUGGCCUUCAGAGGAGAUCCCUGGCAGUGCUCGUAUUGAGGAAUUGAAGAAGCUUCAGGUCAUUGCUUCGGCGAAGUCUGAAGCUGCGAAGGCAAAAUCUUUGGCCGCCUCAGCAGCAGCAGCCGCAGCGGCAUCUUCAAACGCCACCAACUCAGCUUCCGGAUCGACUUUACCUAUAACUACAGACGCCACUACCGUUGCCGCCGCAGCACCAACAACAGCAUCGUCGGAAGACUAUCCUACGACAGAGGAUAUCAAGAUCCUGGAGGCAGAACGUGCGUUGAAGGAGGAGAGUCUGGCAACUACCCCAGCAGUGAAAAAGGUUGUGUACUUGAGCGCGGAUUCUCCCAACACGAUCACAGAGCUCGUCCCUGGUACUUGCUAUAUUCUUGGUGGCAUUGUCGACAAGAACCGUUUUCCUAACUUGUGUCAGAGCAAGGCUGAAAAACUCGGGAUCGAGACGGCUCAGUUGCCCAUCGGAGAGUAUAUUCAAAUGUCCAGUCGCCGUGUCCUUACCGUCAACCAAGUUUUUGAGAUUUUGCUUCAGUUUAUUGAGUGUAAGGACUGGAAGGAGGCUUUCUUGAAGGUAAUUCCUCAGCGCAAGUUGGAAGAGAAGCAGAGGAUCCGACGCGGUACUGAGGCAUGGAGGAAAAAGUACGGUCCAGAUGCCGGCACAGGACGACCCUCGAAUGGAGGCAGCGGCACCAACAGUUUGACGAGUAGUGUUGCAGGGGAUGAGAGUGAUCAUUACAGCGAGGAUGAUGAAGACGAGGACGAUAACGACAACGGUAAUGGCGAGGGCGGUCAUGAUGAUGUUGUUGUUGAGAGUAGUAAGGUCGAAGGCGCUAAGGAGUAG